AACAGACUUCAAGUAGCCUGCCUGAUUUCAUAAAUCUAUUUUCAACUUCAACUUGUUCACCAAGCCACGCCUAGGGUUCACAAAAAUCCCCAAACUGUGUCCAAUUUUCAACGAUUUCUUCACUCUCACUCUACAAUCGAAUCCGAAAUGGAAGGUUCUGGUAGUUUGGAUGCUCAAAUAGAGUCAUUGUUGAAUGUGGAGAAGCAGAUGCGACUCAACGGUGAUGUCGCCGGUACGAAGAAAGCAGCGAUUGAUAUUCUGCAACUUUGUUUCGAGAAUCGUGCGUGGAAGACGUUGAAUGAUCAGAUUGUUGUGUUGUCUAAGCGGCGUGGUCAGUUGAAGCAGGCUGUUACUGCUAUGGUGCAACAAGCAAUGCAAUAUAUUGACCAGACUCCAGAUGUCGAAACUAAGAUUGAGCUUAUCAAAACACUUAACAGUGUAUCUGCUGGGAAGAUCUAUGUUGAAAUCGAGAGAGCCCGAUUGAUUAAGAGGCUAGCUAAGAUUAAAGAGGAACAGGGGCAAAUAGCUGAGGCUGCUGAUUUAAUGCAGGAGAUUGCGGUGGAAACUUUUGGUGCUAUGGCAAAAACCGAAAAGAUUGCAUUCAUUCUCGAACAAGUCCGUUUGUGUCUAGACCGUCAAGAUUUUGUGCGUGCACAAAUUCUUUCUAGAAAGAUUAGCCCAAGAGUGUUUGAUGCUGAUACUUCAAAAGAGAAGAAGAAGCCAAAAGAAGGUGAGAGCAUUGUUGAAGAAGCCCCUGCUGAUAUACCGUCAUUGCUGGAACUAAAACGAAUUUAUUACGAACUCAUGAUUCGAUACUACUCUCACAGCAACGACUAUCUUGAAAUAUGCCGGUGUUACAAAUCAAUAUACGAGAUCCCAUCUGUCAAGGAGGAUUCUUCUAAGUGGAUUCCGAUAUUACGAAAAAUCUGCUGGUAUUUAGUACUGGCACCACAUGAUCCUAUGCAGUCGAGCCUUUUAAACUCUACUUUGGACGAUAAAAAUUUAUCCGAAAUUCCCCAUUUCAGAUCGCUUCUAAAGCAACUGAUCACAAUGGAGGUGAUUCAGUGGACUUCUUUGUGGAACACAUUUAAGGACGAGUUUGAGAACGAAAAGAACAUGCUCGGUGGCUCUUUGGGAGACAAAGCUGCUGAUGAUCUCAAGGAGAGAGUUAUUGAGCAUAAUAUUCUCGUCGUCUCAAAGUACUAUGCAAGGAUUACAGUAAAACGACUGGCGCAGCUUCUGUGUCUUACUGUUGAGGAAGCUGAAAAACAUCUAUCUGAUAUGGUGGUAUCAAAAGCAUUAAUAGCAAAGGUGGACCGGCCUAUGGGCAUAGUCUCCUUUCAGUCAGUAAAGGACAGUAACGACAUUUUAAACUCGUGGGCCACCAACUUGGAGAAGCUACUUGACCUUGUUGAGAAAAGUUGCCACCAAAUUCACAAAGAAACCAUGGUACACAAAGCUGCUCUCAAACUAUGAAAACCUAUAUAUUAUGUUUUUCAACACCGAAGAUGCUGUUUGUUUCCUAGAUGCAGUUAAUCCUUUUAUUUGUUUCGGCUACAAAUGUAAUGUCUGUUUGCUUUUUUAUUCUUGUUGUUUUGGUUUUGGCGACUUUGUUAGUAACACGGUGUUGGUGGGUAAGCAGCAAUAUGAUUAGACCUGUUUUUAAUUUUA